AUGUCAAUACAGGGAAGUGGUAGUUAUCAGCAGAGCCCGUGGUCCUCCCAGACGGUACUAUCGGAAAUUGAGGGUACCAUGGGAGAUCUAGAGCCUCUAGGAGAACUUGCAGAAGUUGGUUUCGAGCCGCAAACGCGCGCAAGAUCAAACACGUGGCCUUUGCCUAGACCAGAGAAUUAUGUGGACCCAGCUGAUGAUUCCAGUUCGAAGAAAAACUCCAACCAGAAUCUGACCGGGGCCCCACCGCUCCCGGCGGUUGCUACGAAGAAGAACUCCUCCCGGCGGAACGCUUGGGGCAACUUCUCCUACGCCGAUCUCAUAACGCAAGCCAUCACCUCCGCUCAGGACAACAGACUCACGCUGUCCCAGAUCUACGAGUGGAUGGUGCAGAACGUGCCAUAUUUUAAGGAUAAAGGCGACAGUAACUCAUCUGCCGGAUGGAAGGUCCUCACAUGUGGUCUGUUUAAUGGUCUG